GUGAGACUGUGCAUUAAUAUCAAUUUUGCCAUGUAUUUGGAUCAAAGUCAGUGAGUACACCGCCGUCACUGAAAGUCAUGCCCUCGCUCUGUUUGCUCGCCAGUUCGCUCAGGCUUGGGCAAUGUUGCCUAGUUUUCUCGUUGCGUGGAAACUAAAAGGCUGCUCUGAGUGAGAGCCCUGGAGUGAAGGGGCAUUUCCACUGGCGCGUCGUAGUUUCCAGAGCGGCUUUCGCCGCAAGUUUGACGAGCUGCAGGAGGACUUACUGGAGGCGAACCAAAAUAUCGAACAAGCCGCUUGUUGGAAAGCGCACUGAUCUGGUGGAAGAUAUUAUUUUUGGACACUUGCCUAGAAACGCGCCAUGGAAGGAAGAGGGAAAGCGGCAAAGACGUUCAACAGUUACUGGGGAGGUUGAUGUGGACUUCAGCCCUCAGCUGAGGUGGUCCUCCCUGGAGCAUGCCCACCGUAUCCCACAAUGUCCCUUCUUGCAGACUGGCUGCUACGCCACUCAGUGGUCAUGUGUUUGCUGCUGCAUAGUUUGGUGCUAAUGACCUUCUGCUUUCAUCAUGCUGCCACGAGUUGCUCCAAGAACUGCUACUGCACCGAGAGCGAGAGUGGCGGCAAGACGGUGCGCUGCAGCAACCUGCAGCUCACAGAGAUCCCUCAGGACAUCCCCAAUGACACACGGCGUGUCUACCUGGAUUUUAACCUCCUCACCACAGUUCCAACAAAUGCUUUUGCUGGUUUAACCCAACUGGUUGAAUUAGACCUUUCACACAAUGAACUAAGUGAGUUAGAACCAGGUGCAUUCAGAGGCCUCGGCUCCUCGCUACAGUUCCUGGACCUUUCUUCUAACAAGUUAGGAAACUUGACCCCUGAUGCCUUUGAGGGGCUGCGAGCUCGCGCCAACCUAACAAACAAUCCGUGGCACUGUAAUUGCAAUUUGCAGAUGGCCAUGCCUCGUGUGGACCUGGAGCCUGCAUCACUGACAGGCGUUGUGUGCCACACUUCAGAACCUGAGAAAAUAGGAGUUGAAGGACUUGCCUUUCUGUUGGCACCGGACAUAGACCUUUGUGUGGAGAUGAAGAGGACUACAGAUGUGGCCAUGCUGGUUGUUAUGUUUGGCUGGUUCACCAUGGUCAUCUCCUACCUUGUCUACUAUGUCAGGGCUAAUCAGGAGGACGCACGUCGACACCUGGAGUAUCUCAAGUCAUUGCCCAGCAGACAGGGCAAGUCAGAGGAAUCUUCCACCAUUAGUACUGUGGUGUAGGACUGAUGAUGGAGCUUUGCGUGGGAACUGAAAUGGUAUCCCACAACAAACAGGACUGCGGUAUUGCCCAGCUGUUGUCACGGAGCCAAGUUGGGCAAUAAAACAUGUGCCGGCACAAGAAAACCAGGCAACCUAGCCCAGAUGAAUAAUUCAUGUUUCAGCAGCCCAUUAGGAGUUUUUGUUGGCUGGGUUGAUGGUUUAGUCUGCGCUAAAGAAGUAAAAGCAGUGGCAUCUUUUUUCUUGAACUCCAAACAUGGGAUACAAAUAGAAUUUAUCCAGUGGUGCAUGCACAUUGAUGUACCUCUCUCACAAACAGACAAGUCAGAAGGAAGCAUCAAACAGCAAUGUGAACAGUAGGACAAGGCAACACUACAGUAUGGAACUCUGUACAUCUGUUUCCCA